AUGUCAAAAACACCCCGUUCAGUUCUCAAUUCAAAAAUUCACAGAAAAAAAGUUUAUUUACCUGACGAUGAUGAAAGCUUAAUUUCAACAGCACUUUCUCUUGUUUGGACAAAGACGGAUAAAAAAAUUGAUUCAUGUACUUUCGAGCAAGAUAGAGAUAAUCUGGCUGAACUUCAGCAUUACAAAUUUCUAUAUGAAUUAUAUAAAAGUAAAUACGAAUUAGUUUUGAAUCAUAAUGUUAGAUUAGAGAACAAAUUGCAAAAGUACUCUACUCUAGUAAUGGCAGAAAAUACGCAUUCAAGUGACACACCUGGUAAUAAUAAUUCUCAGACUGCUGAUAUUUUAAAUUCAGACUCUAUAAUAGAAGAAUCAAGCUACCAUAAAAGUACUGAAUUAAAUUUACCUCUACAAGCGCCACAAGUAACUAAUAAAAGUGCCAAAUUGAAUUCACUUUCACAAUCGCUACCAGUAGAUAAUGAAAGUACUGAAUCGAAUUCCCUCUACAAGCGUCACCUGUAG